CCUGCUACGCUCGGCGCGGCCAUCAAGUCCGUCAUGGACAUGGUCCCUGGCGUUGCCAUUGAAGCAAGUACGAGUCGGACGAGUACGACGUUUCUCUUUAGGGGCAAGUCGGAAGGCAGCAUCGAGAAGGCGCGCAAGCUUCUACUCUCGCGGAUCAGCAGAAAGAUCAGCAUAAGCUUGCCAAUUCCCUCUUCGACUCGCUCCGUCAUCAUCGGUGCCAAGGGACGUACACUGAAAGCCAUCUGUGAGGAAACUGGCGCACAAAUUCAAAUUCCGCCCCGUGAUGACGCUGCAGAGCAAAGUGUCGAGCCCGACGCGGAUCCUCUGGUCGACAUCACCAUCAGCGGUGACGCGACUGCCGUUCAAGCCGCCAAGGCUCGAGUCGAAGCCAUUGUCGGCGAACGUACAUCAAAGACGACUGUCCGUCUGACAGACAUCGAACCAGGCCUGAUACCACUGCUCAAUGGUGCACGUGGUGCCGCCAUGGACGCUUUGAUUCAAGUGGCGCUCGAGCCUUUGCCAGAGGUAUUGCCCGAUGCGGUCAAUGUUCAUGUGCCUUCGUUCGCGCCGCCUAGACGGGAUGUAGGUGCUGCGGAGGAAGAGCCGAGCCUCAACGGACAUACUAGAAAGGAGACUGCGAUCGUCAUUUCUGGUCUCAAGGAAGCGGUCGCUGCUGUCGAAGACGCUAUCAGAAGCAAAGCGAGCGAGCUUGCGCGUACAGUCCGCUCGAUGACAGUCCAAUUACCGAAGCGCCAGCACCGUCUACUGAUCGGCGCGAAUGCCGAAGCCAUUCUCGAGACUACGCGUUGCACCGUAGAGGUACCAGCCAUUGAGGAUCCUUCGGAGAACGUGACGGUUCGCGGUCUACAGACCGACUUUGUCAAUGGUUUGAGCGCUGUCAUGGAAAAGGCUAAUUCGGCGCAAAUCGACACGAUCGAUCUCGCCACUGUUCACAGACUGUCCGCUGGCCAAAGUGGCUAUCCUGCCCAAUUGCAGCGGUACCUCAGCCGACGAUCGAAGCUGAGAGCGCUGCAGGAGGAAUAUGGGGCACAGAUUUAUCUUCCUCGUCCAGGCGACGACAAGAGCCUCGUCGAGAUCGUCGGCAAGGAUGCAAAGAUUGUCGCUGCUGCGCGCAGCGCCGUGCUGGCGCUUCUCAAGACUUUGCCGCCGCCUGCAUUUAGCGUGGCGAAGAUCGAUCCCCUAUUGCACCGUCAUCUCAUCGGCAAGCAAGGCCUACGCUUGACUGCCUUUGAGCAAAAGAAAGGCGUCGAAGUACUGUUCCCUUCUGAGCGAGACGCUGGCGAUCAGAGUGAAGUCCUGCUUGUGCUCAGCAAUGUCAACGCAGCCAGCUCGACCACGACCCUUGAGGACGUGAAGACUGAGCUGCUCAAAUUGGCCAAGGAACAAGCCGAGAUAAAGACUGUUACGAUCGAAAUACCGGUUCAGCUGCACGGACAAGUCAUCGGACCUUCCGGCACAACCCUCAAUGCGGUCAUUGGCGAGCAACGAUUGGUCAGCCCCUCCGACGAGGUAGCACGGGUUCAGAAAGCUCUGAGCAAGAUUGCCGACGACGCUCAAGCCAAUGAGAUCGAAAAUGCCCACACCACAGAGUUUGAAGUGGAUGCAAAGCACGUCGGUCGUCUUGUCGGCAAGGGCGGUAGCAAUGUGCAAGAGCUGCGAGACCAGCUCGGCGUCAAGAUCGAUUUCGAAGAGCAAGCACCAGCUACCGAUGGCACAGCCGCCGCUCGCAAGCGCAAGGCGAAGAGCAAAGUGACCAUCAAAGGUCGCGCAGAAAAUGUUGCCGAAGCUCGCAAGCGCAUGCUGAGCCAUUCUGAGAGAUUGGCCGAUGAGACUUUCUUGGCUAUGCCGCUACCGACCGGCAUUGAUCGCGGAAGCCUCAUUGGUAAGCAAGGCGUGUAUCUGCAAAGACUGGAACAGAAGUAUGAAGUUCGGAUCAACAUUCCGAACAAGGACACUGCAAAUGACGACGAUGCAAGCUCUGUACGCAGCACGACCGAAGAGAUCACAAUCCGGGGUCCUAAGAAGGGAGCAGAGGCCGCGAAAAAAGAGUUGCUUGACUUGAUCAGCUACGAGCGUGAGAACAGUCAAAGUGAUACUGUACAGAUCCAUUCCGCUGCCAUCCCUCGUCUGCUUGGCAAGGGAGGCUCUCAGAUCAAUCAGAUCAAGGCAGACACACUUGCAAGCAUUGACGUGCCGCGAGAUGAUAGAGAGGGCAUUGUGAGCAUCACACUUCGGGGCACAGCAGAAGCCAUCGUCGCAGCUCGGCGUGCUGUACUUGCCAUCACUGGCCAGGCAGCUAGCUAUGCCACGCUCGAACUGGAUGUUGCUCGCAAGCAUCACAAUUCGCUGAUCGGCAAGGGUGGCCGUCGCAUCAGCGAAAUCGUGUCAAGCUGUGGAGGACCUUCCGACAAGCGCAGUGUCGCGGCACUGGUCACCUUUCCGCGCGUCGAUGAUGACAGCAGUAUUGUCAAGCUACAAGGCGACAAGACCCUUAUCAGCAAGAUCAGAGCAGUACUCGAGAAGGAGGCCGCAGACUUGGACAGCAGGAUCAUCACCGUCGUGGCGAUUCCGUCGAGCAGUCACAGCAGCAUUGUCGGCCGAGGCGGCUCAAAUCUGUCUGCACUACAGUUGGAGCACAAUGUUAGGAUUAUUUUGCCCGGAUGGCAAGAGUAUGCGGACGCGCAACCUAUCAGCAAUGCUACACAACUCGGUAAUGCAUCAAGCGAAGAUCUGAUCAAGGUGAUCGGCACACCUGAGGCAUGCGCAGCCGCGGCAGAAGCUCUCGAGUCAAACGGUAAGCGACAAGGACCAGCUACGAACGGAACGCAUAUGCCUACGAGCGCGCAAGUGAUCGGAUUUGUACACGUACCCGCGCAUCUUCAUCACCGUGUGGCAGAUCAAGGUCGCUUCUUCCGAAAGCUGCCCCGUGGUGUCAAAGUCGAUCAUAAGGAUGAGGCUGGAGAUGCAAUCAAGCUGCCGCCUCGCAUGUCAGCAGCAGCAUCGUCCUCCGAAGCUAGGAUCGAUGUAAACGACGACGAAAGUUUCGGUAUCGCAUCUUGGAUCGUCACCGAUCUUGGCAGUGGCGUUUCGACGAUACCCUGGCGCAUCAUCGCCAAUAGUGACCAACUAGCAGAUCAGGCCAAAUCCCUCAUCGAAGAGGCGUCUGCCGACGCAGGCAAAACGACACAUCAGGCUAGACUGGUCGUGCAGCCACAGAAUCUGGUCGGCCGUCUGAUUGGUAAAGGCGGGUCAGGACUGGAGGCGCUCCGCCAGCUCGGUGUCUCCGCAGAAACUGUCGGUCAAAACAGCAACGUCUUCUUGCUGACAGGAAGUCAGACCGAUCUUGAGAAGGCCAGGAGCCACAUUGAGCAGGUUUUUGCUUCAAGAAGAUAG